AUGUCCUAUCCACCCCCUCCAGGUCUCAAACAGACUCCCUCCUCUCUUCCGGCUCGUCCUCCUCCAUCCGCCAAUCCUGCCCAGCCGGGAGGCAAUACCCGCCAACCGGGCUACAAUGCCUUCACGGCCUUUGCUCCUCGCUCCGUAGCUUCUACCCAGACCAAUCGCACCAUCAGCCCGGUCGUCUCGGCACCACCUGUGUCCAAUCCCGGAUAUGCCGCGCCUGCGACUAGCUACGGAAACUACUAUCAACAACCAGCCCAACCAGCCCAACCUUCAUACCAGAGCGGUCCCUCAUACUAUGCCGCCGGCACCGGCACUGGCACUGGCACCGGCUAUAAUGAGAAUAGCUAUGGCUCGACCGUCCCACACAUCCAAAACCCCUUUGGUUCCACGCCCAACCAGUCGUACGGUCCCGGCCGUGGCGGCCGCGGCCGCGAAACUGGUGUAGAUGCCGAGACAGAAGCCCAAAUCGCACAAUGGCAAAGUGCAUACUCGAACAUGGGCGAUGAGGCUGCGGCUGGGAAGCGUCGUGAUGUGGCCCAGCCUGCGACAGGCACUACCAGCACCUAUACCGGUUCAGCAACCCCCACCACCGUCGGCACCCCGCUCCCCCAGCCCGAAUCACAGAAGACAGUGCAGCGCUCCGGUGGCGGUCAAAAUUGGAGUGAUACCACCCUGCUUGAAUGGGACCCCGCUCAUUUCCGCCUUUUCGUGGGUAACCUUGCUGGCGAGGUGACGGAUGACUCGCUGGUCAAGGCAUUCGCACGAUACACUUCCGUGCAAAAAGGACGAGUGAUCCGAGAGAAGCGCACGCAAAAGAGCAAAGGGUAUGGAUUCGUUAGCUUCAGCGACGGCGACGACUAUUUCAAGGCCGCCCGAGAAAUGCAAGGAAAGUAUAUUGGUUCGCACCCGGUUCUGCUGCGACGAGCCACGACCGAGGUCAAGCCGGUCUCGAACAACAAGAACCAGAAGAAGAAUGGAGGUGGGAACCGCGGAGGCAACCAGGGUGGAAAGGUGAAGCAUGACGGCGUAAAGAAGUCCGGCAAGACCAAGGGCGGCUUGAAGAUUCUUGGUUAA